UGGAUAGAAAUAUCCCAAUUCAGCUGCGGUUUCCUUUUUGCUCUGGGAGAGAUGGCAAGAGCAAAAGCUGGGGACUUGAUAUCAUUGAGAAACAUCAACCCACUUCACACUACAUACCAAGCAGCACCAACGGCUAAGCCCCCUAGCAGCUUCCUCAACAUCAGAGCUUCUUCGAAGAAGGCAAAUGGUUUCUCACUGAUUGCCAAAAAGAGCAGCAGGAGCCCCAAGCGUCUGAUAACAAUCUCAACAUCAGACGGGAGAUGGCAUGGCAAAUGGAAUUCUGACUACGUCUUCUCCUUCCGGGAGCUGCAGUUGGAAGAUUUGGUUGAAGAAGAUGAAGAAAAGGAUGCUGAGGUCUCUAUAAGCCUCUGCAUUCACAAGCAUGCGAGCUUCGGCUUUUCUGUGGACGGCAGGAUCAUCACAUCUUUCACCAGAAAAUGCAGCAAUUGCUCCUCCCCAUAUUGCAAAGAGGUUGACACAAACUUUACUGUGUGGGUUCUGCCCACAAGCAGAGAAAACUGUGGACUAGCUGAAAUUGGGGGCGAUGAUCCAUCAGUGAUCUAUGUGAAACCCGGAUGCGAAGCUAACCUGGAUUCACUGAUACAAGACACCAUUCGCCUCACCACCUCAGUAAAAGACACUUGCUCGGAGACGUGUGAAAAAUCAGAACCAACACUGCAAUAUAUAGGUGCCAAGAAUGCUGCUUCCAUUGAUAUGAGAUGGUCUAGGCUCCUGGAGCUCAGGAAUGCAAAUUUGUGACUAGAAAUGAAUAUUUUGAGCUUCAAUCUAGGCAUGCAUUUUCGUCCUCAUCUUCCAAAUUCAAUCCAGUUGGGUACAUAUUUAGAGAAAUGAUACAAGGAAUAGUGUUUCAUUUUAUAGAAAUGGUCAAAUCUAAAGGUGAUAUUCUAUGCUAUACUCUAAAUGCUUUGUUGAUGUAAAAAUAUAAAUAUAUUUUCACCUUUUGGGUCUA